AUGACACGAUUCAGACCAUGCAUUGACUUGCAUUCUGGUCAGGUGAAGCAGAUUGUAGGUGGUACUCUGAGUAAGAAGGCCUCCGAUCUCAAGACGAACUAUGUCUCCAAACUUCCCUCAAGUCAUUAUGCCCAACUUUACAGAGAUAGCGAACUAAGUGGUGCGCAUGUUAUCAUGCUGGGGCCCGGAAAUGAGACAGCGGCGCAAGAAGCCCUAUCAGCGUGGCCAGGCGCCUUGCAACUAGGUGGGGGUAUCAACGAGACAAAUGCAAAGCAGUGGAUCGAGAAAGGUGCGGAGAAGGUCAUUGUGACAUCUUAUUUGUUUCCAGAUGCCAAAUUCUCUAUGACCCACCUCCAUGCAGUCCUGCAUGUGCUCAAUCAAGACAGAAGCAAGCUAGUCAUUGAUUUGAGCUGUCGAAGGCAAGGCGCCAAAUGGUCCGUUGCAAUGAACAAGUGGCAGACUCUGACCGAUAUGGAGCUCGAUGAAAAGUCUAUAAAGCUACUCGAGCCUUUCUGCUCAGAGUUUCUGAUACAUGCCGCUGACAAUGAAGGCUUGCAACGCGGCAUAGAUGAGGAAUUGGUGGAGAAGCUGGGACAGUGGUGCACUCUACCAGUGACUUAUGCCGGAGGAGGGAAGACAAUGGAUGACUUGGACAAGGUUAAAAGGCUCAGCAGUUCCCGGGUAGACCUGACAAUUGGAAGCGCGCUGGACAUUUUCGGCGGACAAGGGGUCAGGUUUGAAGACUGCGUAGCAUGGAACAAGCAACAAAAUACAGAAUGA